CUGCCGGCGGCGAUGCCCGCUCCGCUGCCGGGGGGAGACGCUGCCCGGCCCCCCGCGGCUCGCCGCAGCGCCUCUCUCGCACAGGGGCAGCCGCACGCCUGAGCCAUGAUCGCCGCCGCUUUCCUGGUGCUGCUGAGACCCUACAGCAUCCAGUGCGCCCUCUUCUUGCUCCUGCUCCUGCUGGGGACCAUCGCUACCAUUGUGUUCUUCUGCUGCUGGCACCGCCGGCUGCACAAGGGGAGGCACCCCAUCAAAUCCGUCUUCUCGGGGCGCUCCAGGAGCCGAGAUGCUGUCAUGAGAACCCAUCACUUUCGCUCUGAGGGCUUUAGAUCAAGUCCUCGUCAUGCCAGAAGACGUGUAGCACCUCGCCUUGAGGAAACACAGCCUCUAGUGGAAGCUCACCACCUAAGCGAGCAGGAAACCUCUGUAAGAAAAAGGAAAAUCAAGAAAAGCAGCCGAGUACAACCCGAAUUCUAUCAUUCUGUUCAAGUUACCCCAACUCGAAAACCUAGCUCCGGCCACGCGUCCCACCGCUGCUCCAUGUCGUCGUCCGCCGAUUUCUCCGACGAGGAGGACUCGAGCCAUAAGUCCGGCACGGUGUCGCCGGCUCCGGGGGACACCCUGCCCUGGAACCUGCCCAAACACGAGCGGUCCAAGCGCAAGAUCCAGGGCGGCUCCGUGCUGGACCCCGCCGAGAGAGCCGUGCUGCGCAUCGCCGAUGAGCGGGACAAAGUACAAAAGAAGACCUUCACAAAAUGGAUAAAUCAACAUCUCAUGAAGGUUCGAAAACAUGUGAAUGACCUAUAUGAAGACCUAAGAGAUGGACAUAACUUAAUCUCGCUUCUAGAAGUCCUUUCUGGAGACACCUUGCCAAGAGAGCGAGAUUUUUUGAAGACCUUACGGUUGGUGAGUUCAACAGAAGCAUGCGCAUAUGAACAGCAUGAGGAUGUGGAGGAUGAGGAUAAGGGGCCCCGAGAAAAAGGUCGGAUGCGUUUUCACAGACUCCAGAACGUCCAAAUUGCACUUGACUAUUUGAAAAAACGCCAGGUGAAACUGGUUAACAUUAGAAAUGAUGACAUAACAGAUGGGAAUCCCAAGUUGACUUUGGGGUUGAUAUGGACCAUAAUUUUGCACUUUCAGAUAUCUGAUAUCCAUGUUACUGGAGAGUCAGAGGACAUGUCUGCAAAAGAGAGAUUGCUCCUGUGGUCGCAGCAGACAACUGAGGGUUAUGCUGGAAUCCGUUGUGAAAAUUUCACUACCUGCUGGCGUGAUGGAAGAUUAUUUAAUGCCAUCAUUCAUAAAUACAGGCCGGACCUGAUAGACAUGAAUACCGUUGCUGUUCAAAGCAACCUUGCAAAUUUAGAACAUGCUUUUUUUGUAGCAGAAAAACUCGGUGUUGCCAGACUUCUGGAUCCUGAAGAUGUUGAUGUUUCCUCACCUGAUGAGAAAUCAGUAAUAACCUAUGUGUCAUCACUUUAUGAUGCAUUUCCCAAAGUACCAGAAGGUGGUGAAGGCAUUGGUGCAAAUGAUGUUGAAGUCAAAUGGGUUGAGUAUCAGAAUAUGGUGAACUACCUCAUGCAGUGGAUCAGACACCAUGUUACAAUAAUGUCUGACAGAACGUUUCCCAAUAAUCCUGUGGAGUUGAAGGCACUUUAUAAUCAAUAUUUACAGUUUAAAGAAACAGAAAUUCCACCAAAGGAGAUAGAUAAAUCAAAAAUUAAACGUCUAUAUAAACUGCUGGAGGUCUGGAUAGAAUUUGGACGCAUCAAACUUCCUCAAGGCUAUCAUCCAAAUGAUAUAGAAAAAGAAUGGGGAAAGCUUAUUAUUGCGAUGCUGGAAAGAGAGAAGACCCUUCGGCCUGAAGUAGAGAGGUUGGAAAUGCUGCAGCAGAUUGCAAACAGAAUUCAGCGGGACAGCCGGAGCUGUGAGGACAAACUGAUACUUGCCCGGAAUGCUCUGCAGUCUGACAGCAAGCGAUUGGAGUCAGGGCUUCAGUUCCAACAUGAAGCAGAGAUAGCUGGGUAUCUUCUUGAAUCUGAGAACCUUCUCCGUCAGCAAGUGAUUGAUGCCCAAAUUCUUAUUGAUGGAAAAUACUAUCAGGCAGACCAGCUUGUGCAGAGGGUUGCAAAACUUCGUGAUGAGCUGAUGGCCAUACGUACCGAAUGUUCUUCCGUGUACAGCAAGGGACAUGCACUGACAACAGAGCAGACAAAGCUGAUGAUAUCAGGAAUAACCGAAAGCUUAAACUCAGGAUUUACAACAAACCUAACCCCUGAAUUAAAUGCUGCAAUGACCCAAGGUUUAACACCUUCUUUGACUUCUUCCAGCUUGACUUCUGGCCUCUCAUCAGGUCUUACUUCCAGGUUGACACCAGCCAUCACUCCUGCUUACACACCUGGCAUCCCACCACGGUUAAUCCAAAGCUAUGUGACAGGAGUAGACAGCGGGACUCUUCAAACACUCAAACUGAUGCAAAUCAGAAAACCUCUUAUGAAAUCAGCUUUUGUGGAUCAGAAUUUAACAGAAGAAGAGGUGAACAUGAAAUUUGUCCAGGACCUAUUGAACUGGGUGGAAGAAAUGCAGGUGCAACUUGAUCGGGCAGAAUGGGGUUCAGAUUUACCAAGUGUUGAAAGCCAUUUAGAAAAUCACAAAAAUGUCCACAAAGCUAUUGAAGAAUUUGAAUCCAGCCUUAAAGAAGCUAAAAUGAGUGAGAUCCAAAUGACUGCUCCUCUUAAACUCAGUUAUGCAGAAAAAUUGCACAAACUGGAGAGUCAGUAUUCAAAACUCUUGAACACAUCAAGAAAUCAGGAAAGGCAUCUAGAUACUCUUCACAAUUUUGUGUCUCGUGCUACCAGAGAGCUGAUAUGGCUAAAUGAAAAAGAAGAGGAAGAGGUUGCAUAUGACUGGAGUGAAAGAAACCCCAAUAUAACAAGAAAAAAGGAAUACCAUGCAGAAUUAAUGAGAGAACUUGAUCAGAAAGAAGAAGUAAUUAAAUCAGUACAAGAAAUAGCAGAGCAAUUGCUUCUUGAAAAUCACCCAGCUAGGCUAACCAUUGAGGCCUAUAGAGCUGCAAUGCAGACACAGUGGAGCUGGAUUCUUCAGCUCUGUCACUGUGUUGAACAACAUUUGAGAGAAAAUGCUGCAUAUUUUGAGUUUUUCAGCGAUGCCAAAGAGGCCAUGGAAUAUUUAAAGAAUUUGAAAGAUGCCAUAUACCGAAAAUACAGCUGUGAUAGAACAAGCAGCCUUCAUAGGCUGGAAGACCUUGUCCAGGAGUCUAUGGAAGAAAAGGAACAACUCUUGCAGUAUAAGAGCACAGUAGCAGGCCUUGUAGGGAGAGCAAAGGCAAUAAUUCAGCUGAAGCCAAGGAACCCUGACUGUAUACUGAAAACAUCCAUCCCAAUUAAAGCCAUCUGUGACUAUAGACAAAUUGAGAUAACUAUUUACAAGGAUGAUGAGUGUGUUUUAGCAAACAACUCCCAUCGUGCUAAAUGGAAAGUCAUUAGCCCGAGUGGUAAUGAGGCCAUGGUUCCAUCUGUAUGCUUUACAGUUCCUCCACCAAACAAAGAAGCAAUAGAUACAGCCAACAGGAUUGAACAGCAAUUUCAGAAUGUACUGGCCCUUUGGCACGAGUCACAUGUAAACAUGAAGAGUGUGGUUUCCUGGCAUUACCUUACAAAUGAAAUUGAAGCUGUUCGAGCUGGCAAUGUUGCCUCGAUAAAAACAAUGCUGCCAGGUGAACAUCAGCAGGUUCUAAGCAAUUUGCAGUCCCGCUUUGAUGAUUUUGUGGAAGAUAGCCAGGAGUCCAAAAUCUUUACAAGCUCUGAUACAGCACAGCUGGAAAGGGAAGUUAAUAUUUGCAAGCAAUACUAUCAAGAGCUUCUGAAAUCUGCAGAAAGAGAGGAGCAGGAAGAAUCUAUUUACAACCUGUACAUCUCAGAAGUCAGAAAUAUCAGACUUCGGCUGGAGAGCUGUGAGGAGCGGUUAAUCCGACAGAUCCGAACCCCAAUGGAAAGGGAUGACCUACAUGAAAGUGUGUUUAGGAUUUCAGAGCAAGAGAAACUGAAGAAGGAGUUGGAUAGACUGAAAGAUGACUUGGGAGGCAUCACAGAUAAAUGCGAAGAGUUUUUCAGUCAAGCUGCUGGUUCACCUUCAGUUCCUACUCUGCGCUCUGAACUAAAUAUUGUUAUUCAGAAUAUGAACCAAGUGUAUUCUAUGUCUUCCAUUUACAUAGAUAAAUUAAAAACUGUAAAUUUGGUGUUGAAGAACACCCAAGGAGCGGAAUCAUUAGUAAAACUUUAUGAAACUAAGCUGUGUGAAGAAGAGGCAGUAACUGCUGACAAAAAUAAUAUUGAAAAUCUUAUGGGUACAUUAAAGCAAUGGAGAUCUGAAGUAGAUGAGAAAAGAGAAGUAUUCCAUGCCUUAGAGGAUGAGCUGCAGAAGGCAAAGAUGAUCAGUGAUCAGAUGUUUAAAAUGCACAAGGAACGUGAUCUUGACUUCGACUGGCAUAAAGAAAAGGUUGAUCAGUUAGCCGAGAGGUGGCAAAAUAUUCAUUCUCAAAUUGAGAAUAGGUUGCGUGACUUAGAAAGUAUUAAUAAAUCUCUGAAGUACUACAAAGAUACUUACAAUUCAUUGGACACUUGGAUUCAACAAGUGGAAGAUACUCAGCGAAAGAUUCAAGAAAUUCAUCCUGAAAAUAGCAAAGCACUGGCUAAACAGCUGAACCAGCAUAAGAUGCUGGUUUCUGAGAUUGAGAUGAAACAAAGCAAAAUAGAUGAAUGCCAGAAAUAUGCAGAACAGUACUCAGCGGCUGUGAAGGACUACGAGUUGCAGACUAUGACAUACAGAGCUAUGGUUGACUCCCAACAAAAAUCUCCAGUGAAACGUCGAAGAAUGCAAAGCUCAUCAGACUUCAUUAUUCAAGAGUUCAUGGAUUUACGGACUCGUUAUACUGCCUUAGUGACCCUGAUGACGCAGUACAUAAAGUUUGCAGGUGAUUCUCUGAAAAGACUGGAAGAAGAAGAGAGCUUACCAGAUGACAAUGAACUCCAGCAACCUGUGAAGUCAACUGAAGUCUUUGAAUGGUUGGCGUGUAAUGAAGCAGUUGAAUUAAGAGAGGAAAAUGCACCUAAUGAAAGCAUGAUGGAUGUGGAAUAUAUGCAAAAAGAUAACUCUUCAGAUAGAGCUAAACAAACAGAAAAUACACUGGACAUUCACAGAAGAAAAUUACACAGAGAUGAUAAAAUCAAAAUCGAUAGAACAUUAAAAAAAGAUGUAAAUCUCAAUCAAGAAAGUAGCAUUAGUGGCAACAGAGAAAAUAAGCUACAUACAGAGGAAGAUAAUGUAAUGGUUUUUGGUAAUCAAAGUAAAGAAGAUAAAAAUGAUAGAAAAGAUUCCUUUGUUUCAGCUGAGAUCUCUCUGAGUGCAAAUAAUUAUCCUGGUGAAAGGUUAAGUCAGGAACUCGUUAAUGGAGAGAGACAGAAAAUAGAGGGAGUGUCAAAAAAAAUAUCUGAAGUGGAAAUAAUACAUGAAAAUAAAGAAAAAAGUUGUUCAAGAAAGGCAGGGAGCAGUGUUCCAGCAAAGGGAGGAUAUGAGAUGCAAUCAGAAACUAAUUUUGAGCUAACAAUGAAGAAAGAUGAAGUUAUUACAAAAACUGGAGAUCAUGCCCAGAGUACCAGCCCUCACAAACAGCAACAUUUUUCAACAGAAACAUUUUUUGAAUGUCAGAGUAAAGAACAUUGCUUUACAGAAAGUAGUAGCAACAAUACCACGAACUCUAAAGGCAAAGAGUUUCAAGUAUGUGAUGAAGAAGGUGACUCUUUAUCAGGUCUAAGGGAUGCAGUACCUUUAGAGAAAGUUGCAUCUACUUUCAGAGAACUGGGAGUGCACAAUGGAAGUGAAAAAAUGAAAUUAAGUCUGCAGUCUGUGAGCAACCCAGGUAUUUCUGGUAGUGUUGAAAGGGACACAAACAAACUGCACAGAACAUCUCUGGGUAAAAGUUACUUCACAAAACAAAAUGAAGCCGUAGAAAAAUCAAAUCUAAAUCAAAAUGAAGCCAGGAGUACAACACGAGAAAUUUUGGCUUUUUCUUCAGGAAAUAUUUCAGAGAAUCAGCAUGCAACAAAAGUUUCUCAAUCUAAUCAACCAGUGGAGAGCGAUCCAAGUUUCGGUAUAGAAUUGUUGAGAAAUGCAGGUGAUUUAUAUUCCCUCUCAGAAAUGAUUUCUGGAGGAGAUAAUUAUUUUCCAUUUUCAGAACACGGAUUAGCAAAAAAGAUUUUGAGUCACAAGGAGGAAGUAAGUGAGAGGAAAAUACCGCAGGGUAAAAAUUAUGGUUUGGACAACAUAAAUAUAAGCAAGAAGAAACUGAGUGGAGAGGACAAGUUAGAACAGGAUCAGAAAUGUAAAGAUUUAUUGCUAGUAGCAGAAUUGGACAGUAAGGAUAAAGGUCCUAGCAUAAAGGUACCUGGAAAAACCACUGAACUACAGAAAACAUUCUGUGAAAACCCAGGAAACAAAAACUCACUUGAAAGAAGAAGGGAGACAAAGAUAAAAGACAGUGGUAAUGAAGAUAAAAGGAGCACAACUGUAACUGAGAAGUCAAUGGAAGAAGAAAAGAAGGAACAUGUUGAGAAAGCUGGGGAUUUGCUGAAAUGGGUGUCAAACCUCAGCAAGACACUCAGCAAAGAAGGAGGAGAAAAGGCUGAAAAGACAGAUCUGCCUAAGCAGCAGAUUUCCCUUGAUGAAAUGUCAACCAAGAAAGAACAAAUAGCCGAAGCUCUUCAGACUAUUCAAGCAUUUUUAGCUAAGCACAGUGACAAAAUGACAGAUGAAGAGAGGAAUGAAAUGGAAAAACAAGUCAGAUCCCUCCAGGAGAGCUACAGCUUAUUAUCCAAUGAAGCUUUAAAGCAGCUGCAGGAAGCACAGUAUUUGGAUGAUGAAAAGAUGGAAGAAAAGGUGAAUAAUGUCAUUGCUGGUAUCAUUGACCAAACAACUGGAGAAGUCCUUUCAGUUUUUCAGUCUGUUCUAAAAGGUUUUAUUGACUAUGACACUGGAGUUAGAUUGCUCGAAAAUCAGCUGAUCCUCACUGGAAUCAUUUCUCCAGAAUUAGGAGUAUGUUAUGAUCUGGAAGAAGCUAAAGCUCAUGCCUUAACUGAUGAGCAGACUCUGUUGCAGUUGCAGGAAUUAAAUAAUGCAAAGAAACUUAUUUCAGAAUCAUCAUUAUCAAACCUUCCAGUUGUGUCAGCUUUAGAACAAGGUCUAAUUUCAGAAUCUUUAGCUAUUAAGAUUCUUGAGAAUCAGCUUUCAAGUGGGCACUUGAUUUUGCCAUCUACUGGAGAGCACCUGACUUUGCAGAGUGCUUUCCGGAGAAACCUGAUUUCUCCAACAUUAUAUGCAAAGCUUCUGGAAAAAGAUACUUGUAAAGAUCUCAUAGACCCUAACUGUGCUGAAAAGAUUUCCCUUGAACAGAUGGUUCAUAGAAGCAUAAUACAUGACGAAACAGGGUUAAGACUCCUACCCGUGAAACCACAAGAAAAAGGUAGAAUCACAUUCAAAUGUGGAAGGAAGAUAACUAUUUUGAGGGCAGCCCAUGAAGGACUCAUCGACCGGGAAACAAUGUUCAGGCUGCUGGGGGCUCAGAUGAUGUCUGGAGGUAUAAUUGACCCUGACUCAGGGAAGCGAUUGACUGUGGAAGAGACCAUGAAACGAGGAAUGAUAGAUCAGGACACUGCUUGUGGGAUCCUCACGCAUCAGGUUCAGGCUGGUGGAAUCCUUUGUCCAAAUUCAGGCCAACGCUUGACUGUUGAUGAAGCUGUACAAUGCAAUUUAAUAUCAUCAACCAGUGCACUGCUGGUAUUAGAAGCACAGAGAGGCUUUGUUGGACUUAUAUGGCCUCACACAGGUGAAAUAUUCCCAAUAUCAACUUCUUUGCACCAAGAGAUGAUAACAAAUGAGUUGGCAUUCAAAAUACUAAAUGACAGGCAGAAAAUAGCUGCACUUUACAUUCCAGAAACUUGUGAAGUACUCGGUCUGGAUCAGGCUGCACAAUCAGGGUUGAUAGACAUCAAUACUGUGUCUGUUCUGAACAGUGUGAUUUUACCAGAUAAGAUGCCCAGUGUAGAAGAAUUAGAAUCCCCUUGUAAAAAUGCUGCAAAAUGGUUAUCAACAUAUGAGCUCUUGCCAUCUGUAUUUCAUGACUGUGAGGAGGAACACGAAGAUUCUGGCACACAAGACCCUGUAUAUCGUAAUACAGAUCAAGCUAAGAAGUUAUUCAUAUCUUAUCUGAUGGUAAAUAGUUACAUGGAUGCAAACACUGGAAGAAGACUUUUAUUGUAUGACGGACAACUGCAAGAAGCAAUCAGUAUGUUGCUGGAAGGGGGUAGUUCUGUGUACAGUAUUGAUGAAAAUGAGUUUAGCAACAAAUACGUAAGUCCGAAAGGAAUUAAUCAAGAGUCAGCUGACAAUGUCCAUCUUAGUAAUGUUGCAGGCAAUGUUCAAGGUGAUUUUUCAGGUGUUAAAAGCACUUCUAAUGACAGAAAGUUAAUUCAGUUUGAUGAUUCAGGGAAUGAUACUUGUUUACAGGGAGAAGAUCUCCAUGUGUCUAGAUCAGAUGUUUGCAAUACUAGUGGUACUGAGCAAUCAGAAUAUGCACAGGAGAUGUUAUUAACUAAACCUCCAGAACUUAGAAAUGCAGAAAGUAGCACUCAAAAUUCCACAGACAGAAAUGUGCUCAAAGCUCUUCUGGAGGAUUCUGAGUGGACGCAAGUAGAGCUGUGUAAGUAUAAUGAUCAGAAAGCAAAUUCAGGAAACAUUGAAGGAUUUCUUCUAAAUGACUCAAAUCCAAAUCUUAUUUCAGAAACGGGGAAAGAGGAAAUUCUUUUGGCAGUCAGUCUGUGUAAGGAAAACAAUGAUAAAACCUUACAAAAGUCCUCGAGUGUGAAUGACUUGUCAGAUAAUAAAAUCUGGAGAGACAUGGAAAGGUGCAUGGAAUAUGAGCCUCACAUACUAGAAGCUGACAGUUAUAGAAUGGUACUGGACAAUGGAAAGAAAGAGGACUUUCAGAGAAGUUUCGGUUCAUCUAUCAGUGCAGAUACUGAAUAUAAACUUCCAGAAGAAUCAGAUAGUCGAUGUGGUCACACGCUACAGUUUGAUGAUAAUGGCUAUAGUGAGCAACCUCUACUGGGAUACACUGAUGUGCCUAACAGGCCAUCCCUAGAGGACUAUCCCUACAGACAUGGCAGGCCGGCACUGGAGGGUUGUACUGAUUUGCUGCAUAAGCUUUGUCUAGAAGAUGGUAGAGACAUACAGUGGACGCCUUUGAUGGAAAGCAAUACUGCUACACACGAUGGACCUUCUGUGGGGGACAGUAACAGCACAGCACAAAGUCUAGCAGCAGAAGAAAGCGAUCUGCCAUUUGACAGGUUAUUACUGGGUGACAGUAGUUCUGACUCAUCACUAGAAGGAAGUGAUAACAUCCCACAGUUUGAAAGUAACCACUUGCAGCAUCAAUAUGGUGAGGUAGUGUCUGAAGAGGACAGCUCGCUGUUUGAUGAUGACGAUGCCGAUGCCUAUGAAACUCCUCAGGUUGAUGAUGAUGACAGUGAUGUCUAUGGUUCUCCACAAAUUGAUGAUGAUGAGUCCUAUGACACCCCUGAAGGUGAUGAUGAUUUUGAUACCUUGCAGUUAGGGGAUGUUGAUACACCAGAGCCAGAGGAUGUUCCAUUAGGAACAGAGGAAGGGUGUGGUCUGAUAGCUCUGAGAGAAGAGAACAGCUCUUUUCAAGAACUUCCAACUAGUGCGGGAGAGAGUGUCCAUUACUUAAGGGAUGUAAAUCUGAUAGAUCUACCUGACAGCAUAAAUACAACUUCUGCAAGUGCUGAAACGUUGGAAACAGUCCCUGAGGAGGAAAGAGGAAGAACAAGGGGCUUUGGAGAGAAGCAAAAAUUACUAGCUACUUUGGAGAGUGAAGGAAGAAAGGAGGGAUGCCUCACUUCUUCACUGAAUUUGUAUGAAACAAAAGUACAGCGAGACAGAAAUGAAGAAGAUGAAAUGAAAGCAGAAAGCACCUCCAGUGAGGAUGAAUCUGAAGGAACACAGGAGGAGGAAGAUUAUGAUUAUAACUGUAUUGAUUAUGAUAGUGACGAUGACUCUGAUACUGAUUCUGACAGUGAUGAAGAAAUUGAUACUUUUUAUUCAUACCACCAAUGUAAAAACAAAGAUGAGCAGCUGUUAAUUUCUGUAGGAGACAUAGAAAAUAGUGAUGAAAAUAAUCAGGAUAUUGAUGACUUUUGCUAUUCUUUAGGCCACCAGAUGGGGUACAGUUUGCAAUUCCAGUCUGAGCAUGGAAAUAGAAAACUGUCCUUGGGAAAAUGUGAAACUUCAUCAGAUGUUUAUGAGGAAAGAUGUGUUGGUGUUAUAUGUGCAAGCAAAGAAAGACAACAGAAAACAGAAAACGAAUAUGGGAUUUGUGUUGAAAGUAAACACAUGUCACAAGAUACUACAGAGCAUAUUCAGUCUGAAAAUACUUUUGACAUUAAAUGGAAGUCCUGUAAGAGUGAAGAAAGUAAUAGAACACAGUUUCUUAAUGAUAUUAUGACAUCUGACAUUAAUGUAACACCAUUCCUAAUUACAAAGCAACCUAACGGUGAUGAUGAAAGUACUCAGAUGAAUAUGCUUCUCUCAGAAUGCUUUACUGAUAGCAUGAACAAAAACAAUAAUACUAUGCCAGUUUUACACUCAAGUCAUGGACAAAGACAAAAAGAAGUAGUAUUUGUAGAGAAAAAAAUGUUAAAUGACAUGGCUGGUAUGGAACAACUAAAGGCAAGUUCAUCCCAAAAGGUCAGUAAAUUCCUCACAGAUGUGCCUUAUCCAAGUGAUGAUAGCUCACUUCAUGACCAGGUAGAUCGAAUUACCAACAGCAAGCGUGAUCAAAUAGGAGAAGGUUUUGAAAUUGGUGUAGAAAAUAAAGAUAGAGUAAAUAUUAUAAAGAAUUGUGAUAUUACGGAGCUCAGUAAAAGUCCCAUACAUAUGGAAAGUCUUGGGGAAAUAUUUGAUGCAUCAGCAACUAAGGCUGAUAGAGAAGCUCCUCUUUCAAGUAAAGAAAAAGUAAAUAUUGGUCAGAUUUUGCCUGACAUUGGAGAGACAGUUGUCUGUCAAAGUAUUGACAGUGUUCAUGAAGACAUUUCAGAAAACAGGAGCAGCAGUAAUAAUGAACUUACCCUUACAAAAGCAGGUGCUUUAGGAAGCACUGAGGAUGCCAAAGAAUCAGGGGAUGGGAUUGUUCUGCUACCUUCUGGGAAUCAUACACAUACCACUGAUGCUUCUUCUGAAACUCUGAGCAGCAUAGGGGCUGACUUGAAUAAUGUUGACCAGAAAGAAUACGAAGGGCUGAAAAACACAAAGGGCGAAGAAUUCCUGGCCAGUGAGACUUCUUCAUUUGAAAAUGGUUUUAAAAAACAGAUGUCCAUGGAAUCAUUGCAAACGGAAAUACGACCUUGCAAAGAUUUUCAAGUAAAGAAGGGCUUUUCACAGUCACCAGAAAUGUCUGACACACUAAUGGAAGACUUAAAGAAUGUAUUACAAAGGAAAUUGAAGGUGGGACAUAUUUACUGCAAGGAAGAGGGUGAACCUCUAAGUUACUCUGAUACCAAAACUCUGAUGCAAAAUUUACUUGCAAUGGUUAGAAGCACCCAGCCUGGAAGCAGCAUGUCUUGUGAGUCAAAUCUUAGUCAAACAAGCAGUACUGUUAGAACAGCAUUAAUGGUUACUGCACCAUACACAGAGCCAAAGGACAGCGAUGCUCUUUCCUUGCUCUGGCCUGAUUGCAGAAGUCCUGAUCUUCUUCGUGAUAUCCUGAAGCAGGAAUCCUGUAAGCAAAAGAUGGAUGAUCCAAAUGAAAUGAAGAGUGAAAUAGACCAAGAGGUGAAAGGUCCUGUUCCAAAACUUAGGACUUCUGAAAUUACGGAGAUUUUUCAAAUGUCAUCUGGAGAUGAAUGUACAAGCAAGUUAGAGGAGUUGAUAAGUGGUUUGCUUACGAGCUCACAGGUUGCUGGCAUCACCACAGGACAUGAAGGUAAAGGCAAAGUAGAUGGGCUUUGUACUCUUUUCUCCACAGAACAACCAGAGUUUGGAUCUGAGACUCCUAAAGAGAAAACAUUGGCAGAUGACAUAGCUGUUGCUUGGAAGAGUGACUGGGAGCAUGAGAAGACAGACAGCCUUUCCAAAGGCGUUACUGAACCUGCUUACAAAAGCAAAGAAGCAGUCCUGGAUGACAACCUCACUAGCAUGGUUGAUGGAGUGCAGAAAUGUUUCAAGCUAACAGAGAAAAUGAGAGAACAUUUGACAGUGCUUCAAGAAAUGAAAAGCCACCUAGAUAAUCAGAAACCUAUUAGUAGCAACCUGGAAAUACUAAAAGAACAAUUAGAACAACUAGAGUCAUUUGAAUCAGGAUUGGCUACCUUUGCAAUUAUCCUAAAAAAGGACACAAAGUUGACAGAAGAAUUUCUGAAGUUUAAUCACAAGGAUGUUCCACAAGAGAAACUUAAAGAGCUAAAGACAAGCUAUGACUAUUUGCAGGAAGCAUUUUUGGUGGUCUGUGAUACAUCUUCAAAACGAGCAAAACAAAUAGUCUGUGCUAUUGACGAUGAAAUGUCUAAGCUUGCAGUAUCACACCAGCAACUUUUAAGCAAACUCCAGAGAUUUUCAGACUGGAUCACAGAACACAGUAAAAUUGUGAAUGACUUCACAGUGAAUACUAAUGACAUAGAAGAUAUGAAGCAAAGUUUACAACUACUCAAAAACACUGCUGCAGAGCUUGGCUGUACAAAAAUGCAACUGGAGUCCACUGCGUUUGAUGUUCAGUUCUUCAUUUCUGAACAUGCCCAAGAUCUUUCUCCUAAUCAGAGCAAACAGCUUCUGAGACUUCUAAAUACCACCCAGAAAUAUUUUCAGGAAGUACAGGAAGCAAUAACAUCACAAGUGGAAAGUUUAGAGACUCAGUUAAAGGCAGCGCAAGCGCUGGGUGAUCAGAAGGAUGUGGCUGAACGGCAGCAGGAAUGCAAAGAGAAACUGCAGGAAAUAUGUGAUUUGCUUAGACAGACUGAAAAUCGACUCAUUGGACAGCAAGAGUCUCUUGUUAUUGGAGACAGCAAGGCUGAGCUAGAGCAAUACCAGACCAAACAAGAGGAGAUACAAAAAGACAUGAGAACAAGUGCCCAGACAUUGGCAGAGAUUGUGAAAAAUACUGAAACCUUCUUGAAAGAAAAUGGAGAGAAGUUGUCACAAGAAGACAAGGCUAUUCUUGAACAGAAACUGAAUGAAGCUAAGACAAAGUGUUUGCUCCUUAGCCAGAAGGCAGAAGAGUCCAAAAAAGAACUGGAUAAAGCUAUGACAACAGCAAUUAAGCAGGAAACAGAAAAGGUUGCAGCCAUAGAACAGCUGGAAGAAAGUAAAAAUACAAUAGAAAAUCUCUUGGAUUGGUUAUCAAAUGUGGACAAAGAAGCAGAGCACGGUAGGAAAUUUAAGCAGGCGAUAGAGCAGAAUGGAACGCACUUUGAAGAGGGAGAUAUGAAGGCUUUGGAAGGAGAGGAAGAUGAUGUCAAUGGUAAUCUGUUGGAAAUAGAGCAAGACAUUGAAAGUGAAGUGGAUGGACUAGUAAAAAGCACAGAAGAUAAUCUGAACCAGCAGUAUCAGAAAGUCAAGGCUCAACAUGAGAAAAUUAUUUCACAACAGCAGGCUGUCAUAAUAGCAACUCAGUCUGCUCAGGCACUACUUGAGAAGCAAGGCCACUACCUUUCCCCUGAAGAAAAGGAGAAGAUGCAAAGGAACAUGAAAGAGCUGAAGGCUCAGUAUGAGACUGCUUUAGCUGAAUCUGAACGGAAAAUGAAGAUGACUCAUUCUCUGAGGGAAGAACUUGAGAAGUUUGACACAGACUAUAGUGAAUUUGAAACUUGGCUGCAGCAGGCAGAACAAGAACUUGACAAUUUGGAGGCUGGUGCUUCUGACUUCAGUGGUAUUAUGGUCAAAUUGAAAAGGCAAAAGAGUUUUUCAGAAGAUGUUAUAUCUCACAAAGGUGAUUUACGGUAUAUUACAAUUUCUGGACAAAGAGUUUUGGACGCAGCAAGGUCAUGUAGCAAAAGAGAUGGUGUCAAGGUUGACAAAGAUGGUAUUGAUACUUCGGCUACUUAUGCUGAAGUGCAAAAUAAACUGGAUAGUGCUUCAGAUCGUUUUAAAUCUCUCUAUACUAAGUGUAGCAUCCUUGGAAAUAACCUUAAAGACCUGGCAGAUAAAUACCAGCAUUAUGAAGACGCCUCAUCUGGACUUUUGUCAGGUCUUCAGGCCUCUGAAAUAGCUGUUAACAAACAACUGUCUGAGCCUAUUGCAGUGGAUCCCAAAAAUCUCCAAAGACAACUGGAAGAAACGAAGGUUCUUCAAGGACAAGUGUCUAACCACCAAAUUGCUGUAGAAAAACUAAAAAAAGCCGCCGAAGUGCUUUUGGAUACAAGAGGGGAGUUGACACCAGACAAAGAUGAGAUUCAGAAAACACUGGAUGAUAUUGUGGAGAGAUAUGACAAUCUAUCAAAGUCUGUGAAUGAAAGGAAUGAGAAGCUCCAAAUAACUCUGACACGAUCCCUAAGUGUGCAGGAUGGUUUGGAUGAAAUGCUGGAUUGGAUGGAAGGUGUUGAAAAGAGCCUUGAAGAAAAAGAUCAAGUGCCUUUGAAUUCUGCUGCUAUUCAGGAUAUCAUUAGCAAAAGCAUUAUGCUAGAACAAGACAUUGCAGGUCGCCAAAGCAGUAUGAACACUAUGAACGAGAAAGUGAAGAAGUUCAUGGAAACAGCAGAUCCAUCCACUGCAUCCUCACUGCAAGCUAAAAUGAGUGAACUUGCAGGACGGUUUUCUGCAGCAAGUAAGAAGCAUAAAGAAAAGCUUAUGAAAAUGGAAGAGUUGAAGACUAAAGUGGAGUUAUUUGAAGGUCUGACAGAAAAACUCCAGUCAUUCCUAGAUGAGAAAAACCAGGCUCUCAGUGAGACUGAGGCUCCAAGAAAGGAUGUUAGUGAGGUAUCUCAGUAUGUGCAGGAGGCUAGUGUAGAACUGGCACAACAUAAGAAAGAUCUGGAAGUUUUGCAGCAGCUUCUUGAUGAACUUUCAUUCCACGCUCUUCCUGGGGAUAAAGCAUUGGUAGUAGAAAAAGUAAAUGCUUUGUCAAAAAAAUUCAGAGAGGUAGAGGAGACAGUAAAAGAAAAAGAAGAGGACGUAUCAUCUUGUCAGAAAGAAAUGGAUACUUUUGAGCUACUUGUGGAGUCCUUAAAGAAAUGGAUAAAAGAGACGACAGAACGUAUUCCAGCAGCACAACCCUCUCUGAAUACGGAGGAGUUAAAGAAGCCUUUGGAAGAUACGUUGAAUUUAAAAGAUGAAUGGACAUUAAAAGCAAGUGAAGUGCAGAAAAUGAAUAGCAGAGGGACGUUGUUGUGUAAUCUGAUUACUGCUGUGACUUCUCCUGCAAAACUGAGAGCAGUUGCAAAAUCAGGUGGCACAGUGUUAAAUGGUGAAGGAGGAGCUCCAGGAACUCAGGAUUUUCUGAAAAAUAAAGAACUGACAACUGUUCAACAAGCCAUGUCUGAUGUAAAUCAUGGUUAUGAAGAUUUGGGAGUUUUAUUGAAGGAGAAGAUUUCAGAACUAGAAUGUAUGCUUUCAAAAAUGCAAAAUAUUCAGGAAGAAUCAGCCUCAAUGAUGCAGUGGUUACAAAAAAUGGACAAAACUGCAUCAGAUUGGGAAGCUGCUCCAACUGAUAGUGAAGCUGUUAAAGCUCAGGUUGAGCAACAUAAGCUAUUUGAAACUGAGCUAAAGCAAAGUGCGAAUAAAGUGCAGGAACUAAAGGACAAAGUGACAGAGCUGUUGGAGAAGAACCCCGACUCUCCUGAGGCACCCAAAUGGAGACAAACAUUGGAUAAAAUAGAUUCCAAGUGGAAAGAGCUCAAUCAAGUUACAUCUGAGAGACAACAAAAACUGGAAGAGUCUUCAAAUUACCUGACCCAGUUCCAGACAGCAGAAGCUCAGCUAAAGCACUGGCUUGUAGAAAAGGAGCUAAUGGUCAGUGUGUUGGGACCCCUAUCAAUCGAUCCAAAUAUGCUGAAUACUCAAAAGCAACAGGUUCAGAUUCUGCUCAAAGAAUUUGACACAAGAAAGCCACAAUAUGAGCAGUUAACUAUGGCUGGUGAAGGGAUCCUGAAGAGACCUGGUGAACAUCCUCCCUCUCAUGAGACUGUGAAAGAGCAGCUGGAAGCUGUGGCACAAAAAUGGGACAACCUAACUGGCCAGCUGAGUAACAGAUGUGAACGAAUUGACCAAGCCAUUGUGAAAAGCACAGAGUACCAAAGCGUACUCAGAAGUCUGUCUGACAAGCUGAGUGACUUGGAUAGCAAACUGAGCAGCAGCCUGGCUGUGAGCACACAACCUGAUGCUGUGAAACAACAACUGGAAAUUGCUAAAGAAAUGAAGGAGGAAAUAGAAAGGGAAAUGAAGAAUAUAAAUGCAGCUCGAGCUCUUUGUGAAGAGCUGUCAGCACUGGUUGGAGAAGAGUAUUUGAAAGCAGAACUUACAAGACAGUUAGAUGGCAUCCUAAAAUCGUUUAAGGAUAUUGAGCAAAAAUCAGAUAACCAUGUUCAGCAGCUCCAGUCAGCGUAUGCCACUUCUCAUCAGUUCCAGCAAAUGUCUAAGGACUUCCAGGCCUGGCUAGACAAAAAGAAAGAAGAGUUGAACCAGGCUCGUCCUAUAUCAGCCAAACUUGAUACCUUGCAGUCCCUAAUCGAAGAACAGAAAGAUUUUAAGAAGACUCUGACCAACGAAAUUGGUUCAUAUGAAAAAAUUGUUGCAGAAGGAGAAAGCAUCUUACAGAAGACCCAAGGAGCUGACAAAGCAGCGUUACAGUCCCAAAUUGCCACACUCAGAAGUAAGUGGGAUGAAAUGGAUAAGCAGGUAAAAGAAAGGCAAGAUAAAUUAACAGACUGUCUCGAGAAAGCGCUCAAAUACAAGCAGCAUGUAGAAAAUUUGCAGCCAUGGAUAGAGAAAUGCCAAAGCAACCUGUCUGAAUUAAAAGUUGGCAUAAACCCUGCAGAAAUAGAGAAUUCUGUUGUUCAGGUGAGGGCCUGGCAGAAGGACCUGGAUAAACACCAUGGGAUGGUGGAGCUAUUAAAUAACACUGCUGAAAGUUUGCUCAGUGCAAGUGAAACAGAUAAAGAAAUUGUUAGAGAAGAAACUAAGGCACUGAAUCAGAAGGUGAAUAUGGUCACAGAACAAUUACAUAAGAAGAGAGAGUGCUUGGAAAAUAUGGCACAAAGGCUGAAAGAGUUUCAGGAAUCAUCCAAGGAAACAGAAAAACAGCUUAAAAGUGCCAAAGAGCAUCUGGAAGCUCAUGAUUCACUUGGACCUCAGUCAUUCAGUAACAAACACCUGACAGUGAUGCAGGCCCAGCAGAAAGCUUUACAGUCCUUAAAGCCUCAUGUUGAUUUAGUAAAAAAGCUUGCCCAAGACCUAGUGGUAGAAGCUUCUGAUUCAGCUGGUGUUUCUGACCUUUUGCUCCAAGCUGAAUCUUUGGAGCAGGAAUACAAUGCAGUGAACCAGCAGGUUGAAGAUAGGUGCUCGUUCUUGGAGACAAAACUUCAGGGAAUUGGCCAUUUCCAAAACAGCAUCAGAGAGAUGUUCUCUCAGUUUGCAGAGUUUGAUGAUGAACUUGAUAGCAUGUCUCCAGUGGGGAGAGAUCUUGAUGUACUGCAAUCCCAGAGAGAUGAUAUAAAAUGUUUCCUGAAAAAACUGGAAGAUCUUAUAAUGAAUAAUGAAAAUGCUAAUAAAAACUGUAAAAUGAUGCUAGCCACAGAAGCUGAAGCUUCUCCUGAUCUUGUUGGUAUAAAACGAGACUUGGAAGCAUUAAAUAAACAGUGCAACAAGCUCCUAGACAGAGCAAAAGCCAGGGAAGAUCAAGUGGAAGGUACAAUUAGCCGUGUUGAGGAGUUUUACAGUAAGUUAAAAGAAUUUUCCAGUUUGCUUGGGAGAGCUGAGGAACAUGAAGAAUCACAAGGUCCUGUUGGAAUGGAAACAGAAACCAUUAAUCAGCAGCUGGAUACGUUCAAGGUAUUCCAGAAAGAAGAAAUUGAACCCCUGCAAGUUAAGCAACAGGAGGUAAAUUGGUUGGGCCAAGGCCUUAUUCAAAGCGCUGCCAAAAGUACCAACACAGAGAACCUUGAACAUGACCUUGAAGAUGUUAACACCCGGUGGAAGACUCUUAAUAAGAAGGUUGCCCAGCGUGCUGCACAAUUGCAGGAAGCUCUCCUUCACUGUGGGAGAUUUCAGGAUGCCCUUGAAUCUCUGCUUAGCUGGCUCAUUGAUACAGAAGAACUUGUGGCUAACCAGAAGCCACCAUCUGCCGAAUUCAAAGUUGUGAAGGCCCAGAUACAAGAACAGAAACUUCUCCAGAGGUUGCUGGAUGACCGCAAGCCUACUGUUGAGGUAAUCAAGCGUGAAGGGGAGAAAAUUGCAGAGUCAGCAGAACCUGCUGAUAAAGUGAAAAUCUUGAAACAGCUGAGCUUCCUGGACAGUCGAUGGGAUGCAUUGCUUAGUAAAGCUGAAACAAGGAACCGUCAGCUGGAAGGCAUCUCAGUGGUAGCACAGCAGUUUCAUGAAGCUCUGGAGCCACUGGUGGAGUGGCUGACCGCCACAGAGAAGAGGCUUGCAAAUGCUGAACCCAUUGGAACGCAGGCCUCCAAACUGCAACAGCAGAUUGCUCAGCAUAAAGCUCUAGAAGAUGAUGUUCUAGCUCACAAUAAGAGUUUACAUCAGGCCAUUAGUAUUGGUCAGUCUCUAAAGACUAUGAGCUCCAGGGAAGAUAAAGAUAUGGUGCAGGAAAAGCUAGAUUCUUCCCAGGCCCGAUACAUUGAGAUUCAAGAGAAGAGCAACAGCAGGUCUGAACUUCUCCAGCAAGCCUACUGCAAUGCUCAAAUUUUUGGGGAGGAUGAAGUUGAAUUGAUGAACUGGCUGAAUGAAGUCCAUGAUAAACUGAGCAAAUUGUCAGUCCAAGAUUGCAACGCAGAAUUGAUUGAGAAACAACACUCUGAACUACUGGAUCUUCAGGAGGAGAUUCUUCUUAGAAAACAAAAUGUUGAUUUGGCUAUACAAAAUGGCUUAGAGCUUCUCAAGCAAACAACAGGUGAUGAAGUUGUAAUAAUUCAAGAUAAACUGGAAGGCAUUAAAGCGAGGUACAAAGACAUUACAAAAUUGAGCUCUGACGUGUCCAAGACCUUAGAGCAGGCUCUGCAGCUUGCAGGUCAACUACACUCAACCCAUGAGGAGCUCUGCAAAUGGCUCGAUAAAGUGGAAGUGGAGUUACUGUCAUAUGAAACUCAAAUACCAAAGGGUGAAGAAUUAAGCCAAGCACAAGAAAGACAAAAAGAGCUGAAAAAAGAAGCAAAGAACAACAAAGCUUUAGUGGACACCCUGAAUGAAGUCGGCAGUGCCUUCCUGGAGCUGGUGCCAUGGAGGGCCAGAGAGGGGCUCGACAAGAUGAUAACAGAGGACAACGAGCGAUACAGAUUAGUGAGUGACACAAUCUUGCAGAAGGUGGAGGAGAUUGACGCUGCCAUCCUGAGAUCCCAGCAGUUUGAUCAAGCAGCUGAUGCUGAACUCGCCUGGCUUGGAGAAACAGAAAAGAAACUGAUGUCUCUGGGUGAUAUUAGGCUUGAGCAAGACCAGACCACAGCUCAGCUACAAGUUCAAAAGGCUUUUACCAUGGAGAUUUUGCGACACAAGGAUACUAUAGAUGAACUUGUUAAAUCUGGGGAUAAGAUAAUGAACACAUGCACUGAAGAAGAGAAACAGAACAUAAAGAAAAAACUGGAAAGCCUGUUACAGAAAUAUGAUACAGUCUGUCAAAUGAACUCUGAGAGAAACCUUCAGCUGGAACGGGCUCAGUCUCUGGUUAAUCAGUUCUGGGAGACUUAUGAAGAGCUUUGGCCAUGGUUAACUGAAACAGAAAUGAUCAUCUCUCAGCUUCCUGCACCAGCCCUUGAAUAUGAAACUUUAAAGCAACAGCAAGAAGAGCAUCGGCAACUGCGUGAGCUGAUUGCUGAACACAAGCCUCAUAUAGAUAAGAUGAACAAAACCGGGCCUCAAUUGCUGGAGCUGAGCCCAGGAGAAGGUUUUUCUAUCCAAGAGAAAUAUGUGGCAGCUGACACCCUUUACAGUAAAAUUAAGGAAGAUGUCAAAAAGCGAGCUUUGGCGCUGGAUGAAGCCAUUUCUCAGUGUACCCAGUUUCAUGACAAGAUAGAUCCAACUCUUGAGAGUCUGAAACGCAUAGUUGAACGUCUGAGGCAGCCGCCUUCAAUCUCAGCAGAGGUUGAGAAGAUUAAAGAGCAAAUUAGUGAAAAUAAGAAUGUGUCAAUGGAUCUGGAAAAACUUCAGCCGGUCUAUGAGACGCUUAAACAGCGAGGGGAGGAAAUGAUUGCUCGCUCAGAAGGAGCAGACAAGGAUAUAUCUGCUAAAGCUGUUCAAGAUAAACUAGACCAAAUGGUCCUCAUUUGGCAAGACAUCCAGACCUUGACUGAGGAAAGGGAGGCCAAAUUGUUGGACGUAAUGGAACUAGCUGAAAAGUUUUGGUGUGAUCAUAUGGCUCUUGUAGCUACUAUUAAAGAUACUCAGGACUUCAUUCGAGAACUGGAGGGACCUGGAGUUGACCCAUCUGUAGUCAAGCAACAGCAAGAAGCUGCUGAGGCUGUUAAAGAAGAAAUUGAUGGAUUGCAAGAAGAACUAGAAACAGUUGUGAGUCUUGGUUCUGAACUUAGAGCUGCUUGUGGGGAGCCUGACAAACCUAUUGUCAACAAGAGUAUAGAUGAGCUGAAUUCUGCCUGGGAUGCCUUAAACAAAACAUGGAAAGAGCGGGUGGACAAACUUGCUGAAGCCAUGCAGGCAGCUGUUCAAUACCAAGAUGGACUGCAGGCAAUAUUUGACUGGGUAGACAUUGCUGGCAUCAAGUUAGCGUCUAUGUCCCCAGUUGGAACAGAUCUGGAGACAGUGAAGCAGCAAACUGAGGAACUUAAGCAAUUUAAAACAGAAGCUUAUCAGCAGCAGAUAGAAAUGGAAAGACUGAACCAUCAAGCAGAACUAUUGCUGAAGAAAGUAACACAGGAAAGUGACAAGCACACUGUUCAAGACCCUCUCUCAGAGCUCAAACUGAUGUGGGAUAGCCUAGAAGAAAAAAUUAUAAAUAGACAGCACAAGCUGGAAGGUGCCUUGUUAGCCUUGGGGCAGUUCCAACAUGCCCUGGAUGAGUUACUGACGUGGCUGACGCAUACAGAAGACUUGCUGAAUGAACAGAAACCUGUGGGUGGAGACCCCAAGGCUAUUGAAAUUGAACUUGCCAAACAUCAUGUGCUACAAAACGAUGUUUUAGCUCACCAGUCUACAGUGGAAGCAGUUAAGAAAGCUGGAAGUGACCUGAUUGAAUCAAGUGCUGUUGAAGAAGCAAGUAAUUUACGGAGCAAGUUGGAACUUCUGAAUCAGCGCUGGCAAAAUGUGUUGGAAAAAACAGAACAAAGGAAACAGCAGCUGGACAGUGCCUUGAUCCAGGCCCAAGGUUUCCAUGGUGAAGUUGAAGAUAUGCAGCAAUGGCUGACAGACACUGAACGUCAGCUGUUGGCAUCAAAACCUGUUGGAGGCUUACCAGAAACAGCAAGAGAACAGCUUAAUACCCAUAUGGAACUUUGUGCUGCCUUUGAAGCCAAAGAAGAGACAUAUAAGUGUCUAAUGCAGAAAGGCCAGCAGAUGCUUGCAAGAUGCCCAGAGUCUGCCGAAACAAAUGUUGAGCAAGACAUAAAUAACUUAAAAGAAAAAUGGGAAUCAGUACAAACAAAGCUCAGUGAAAGAAAAACCAAACUGGAAGAAGCUCUUAAUUUAGCAAUGGAGUUCCACAACUCACUUCAAGAUUUCAUCAACUGGCUUACUCAGGCAGAGCAAACUCUAACUGCAGCUUCUCGGCCAAGUCUUAUCUUGGACACUGUCUUGUUUCAAAUUGAUGAACACAAGGUUUUUGCCACAGAGGUGAAUUCUCAUCGAGAUCAGAUCAUAGAACUGGACAAAACUGGAACCCAUUUGAAAUACUUCAGCCAGAAACAGGAUGUUGUCCUUAUUAAGAAUCUGCUGAUUAGUGUACAGAGUAGAUGGGAAAAAGUAGUCCAACGCUUAGUUGAAAGGGGAAGAGCUUUGGAUGAUGCAAGGAAACGAGCCAAACAGUUCCAUGAAGCUUGGCACAAACUUAUGGAGUGGCUGGAAGAAUCUGAGAAAUCUUUGGACUCUGAUCUUGAAAUUGCAAACGACCCUGACAAAAUAAAGAUGCAGCUUGCGCAGCAUAAGGAAUUCCAGAAAUCUCUUGGUGCCAAACACUCGGUAUAUGAUACCACAAACAGGACUGGACGCUCCUUGAAAGAGAAAACUACUUUGGCUGAUGACAAUCUGAAACUUGAUGAUAUGCUGAGUGAGCUAAGGGAUAAAUGGGACACAAUUUGUGGAAAAUCAGUAGAAAGACAAAAUAAACUAGAGGAAGCCCUGUUAUUCUCGGGACAAUUUACUGAUGCUCUGCAAGCUCUCAUUGAUUGGUUAUACAAAAUUGAACCCCAGCUAGCGGAAGAUCAGCCAGUACAUGGAGACAUUGAUUUAGUGAUGAACCUGAUUGACAAUCACAAGGUUUUCCAGAAGGAGCUGGGAAAAAGAACAAGCAGUGUCCAGGCUCUGAAGCGCUCUGCCAGAGAGCUAAUAGAAGGCAGUCGUGAUGACUCCUCCUGGGUCAAAGUCCAAAUGCAGGAGCUAAGCACUCGCUGGGAGACAGUUUGCGCCCUGUCAGUAUCCAAACAAACGCGACUGGAACAGGCUCUCCGACAGGCAGAGGAAUUCCACUCUGUUGUUCAUGUCCUCUUGGAGUGGCUGGCAGAGGCUGAGCAGGCUCUUCGCUUCCACGGGGUCCUUCCAGAUGAUGAAGAGGCCUUGCGUACCCUGAUAGACCAGCACAGGGAGUUUAUGAAGAAACUGGAAGAGAAAAAGGCAGAACUGAAUAAAGCAACAGGUAUGGGAGAAGCUAUCCUGGCUAUCUGCCACCCAGACUCCAUCACCACCAUUAAGCACUGGAUAACAAUCAUCAGAGCCAGGUUUGAAGAGGUAUUAGCAUGGGCUAAACAACAUCAACAAAGACUGGCAGGAGCUCUGGCUGGACUUAUUGCUAACCAGGAACUGCUGGAAGCUUUGCUGUCCUGGUUGCAGUGGGCAGAGACUACACUCACUGAAAAAGAUAAAGAGGUUAUUCCCCAGGAGAUCGAGGAAGUUAAAGCACUUAUAGCCGAACAUCAGACAUUCAUGGAGGAAAUGACCAGAAAACAACCUGAUGUGGAUAAAGUUACAAAGACCUAUAAAAGAAAGGCACUUGAACCCACUCCUGUACAAUCUCAUAUUCCUGUCCUUGAUAAGGGGAGAGCAGGAAGAAAGCGUUCCCCCACACCAGGCAUAUAUCCAUCAGCAGCCCAGGCACAAAUUGAAACCAAAAAUCCACGGGUAAACCUUUUAGUCAGCAAAUGGCAGCAAGUCUGGCUUCUGGCCUUGGAAAGAAGAAGAAAACUUAAUGAUGCUUUGGACAGACUCGAAGAGCUAAGAGAAUUUGCCAACUUUGAUUUUGAUAUUUGGAGGAAAAAGUACAUGCGAUGGAUGAACCAUAAGAAGUCUCGUGUGAUGGACUUCUUUAGAAGGAUUGAUAAAGAUCAGGAUGGAAAAAUAACGAGACAGGAAUUUAUUGAUGGAAUUCUUUCUUCAAAAGCUGAGGGGAAAAACCUGAUACAACCAAGAGAAUUCCCAACAAGCCGACUUGAAAUGAGUGCUGUUGCAGAUAUUUUUGAUAGAGAUGGUGAUGGAUAUAUUGACUAUUAUGAAUUUGUAGCAGCUCUUCAUCCAAACAAGGAUGCUUACAAGCCUCUCACAGAUGCUGACAAAAUUGAAGAUGAGGUUACAAGGCAGGUAGCUAAAUGUAAAUGUGCAAAACGGUUUCAAGUGGAACAGAUUGGGGAUAACAAAUACAGGUUCUUCCUGGGAAAUCAGUUUGGAGACUCUCAACAACUACGCCUUGUUCGUAUCCUGAGGAGUACGGUCAUGGUGCGUGUUGGAGGUGGCUGGAUGGCACUUGAUGAGUUCUUAGUGAAAAAUGAUCCUUGCAGGGUUCAUCAUCACGGGAGUAAAAUGUUACGUUCGGAAUCAAACUCUUCAAUUACCACUCAGCCUACUAUAGCUAAAGGGAGGACAAACGUGGAGCUGCGCGAGAAGUUCAUUUUGGCAGACGGUGCCAGUCAGAGCAUGGCAGCUUUCCGACCACGAGGCCGUCGAUCACGACCCUCUUCAAGGGGAGCUUCUCCCAACAGAUCUACUUCUCUGUCGAGUCAGGCUGGCCAGGCAGCUGUCCCACAAGCAGUAGCUACAAGUACACCGAAGACACCCCAUCAUUUAACACGCAACUAUGGUAAGCCAUGGUUGACAAACAGCAAAACGUCAACUCCUUCUAAGCCAGCAGAAUCCUCAGACUAUCAAGGGUCAUCUGCAGAGGGAACACCCAUUCAAGGAAGCAAACUCAGACUGCCAGGAUAUCUAUCAGGGAAGAGUUUCCACUCUGGAGAAGACAGUGGCAUCCUGUCCACUGCAGCUACCAGAGUUAGAGCUCAGUUUGCAGAAACCAGAAGAACUCCAAGCAGACCUGGGAGCCGAGCAGGAAGCAAGGCUGGCAGCAGGUCAAGUAGCCGCCGAGGCAGUGAUGCAUCUGACUUUGAUAUUUCAGAAAUCCAGUCUGUAUGCUCAGAUAUGUCAGAGACUGUUCCACCUACAAGCAGACCGACACCCCGAGCAGGUUCUCGGCCAGGAUCAGCCAAGCCUUCCAAAAUUCCAACUCCCCAGAGAAGGCCACUAGCCAGCAAAUUGGACAAGUCCUUAAAGAGAUAAUAAGAUUGGCUACGUAAAGUUUUUUUUUUUCUUUUGCAUUAAGUAUUUAAGUUCGUAAGAUGUAAAAUAUUAUGUAGAAAUUAUUGUGAAAUAUUGCAAGAGGUGGAUUUUUAAUUCUGCAGAUGGCCUUAUUUGUGUAUUUGUCUUCUUAUUUUAUGUGUAUAAUUUUUGUCAGAUUUGUUUUUGUUUAUCCCAUAUCCCGUGAGAAGGGGGAAGAGUUCUAAUGUAAACUAACAGUUGUACACAGUAAUGUGUAGAAAGUACACUAAAAAUAAUUACCGAAUGUACAGUGUACUGAAUGUACAGUGUAAGUCUGCAACCUGAAAAAAAUAGGCCUAUCACUAUGUCAUUAGCUAACAGUAAAGGAUACCUCAAGAUUUUUCUUUAAAAAAGAAAAAAAAAAGAAUAACUAAAAAGCCAAAAGACACAAUUACACAUUUUGAGCUAACGAAACAAACACUAAAGGAUGUAUGUCCAAACUACUAAGGAAUACAAAACCACAGUCACAGUACCCUUAUUUAUACAGCAUCUCUCAGAGAACUCACAGAGUUAAUUAAGCACUCGCCAGUGAUAUGAUACUCCAAUACCUUGCAGCAUUUCUGUGCCAUUGCUUUCAACGAGGCCAGACACAUUCUGGAUAUUCGAACUGUUAUUCUGUGAGAAUAUCAAUAUAAAGUGCAUUCAUGUAAAUGUGAGGUUUUCUUUUGCUUGAGUGGAUGGUAGCACUGUAUCAUUGAACUCAUUUUGUAUCAAAGCAAUUUUGCUUGCAGAAAGCUCUGAAAUAAACAUGUCCCUUAACUUUAUUUCUAUUGUAUUUCUUAUUUCACAGGAAGAUCAUUUUCUGCGUUAUGAUUUAGGGCAUAUAUUAUUUCAAAUGACCAAUAAUUACCAUAGGAACAUAGACUUUAAUGUAAUUUCCAAUUAUCUGCAGUCCGAUUUUGGUUAGCUACUGUAUUUGUUUAAUAAAACACUAAAUUGCACAUAUCA